AUGAGUCGCAACACAAAAUCAGCAAUGAUGCAGCUUAACAGAGCCUGGCCACGUAUCAGUUCCUCAAGAGCCCUUCCCGGCAUCACCGCUUCCCCAAGCAGGAGACAACUCAUCAGCCUCGCUGGAAAACCAGCCCAGACGGGAGAAAGGUCCCCAGAGCUGGCAAAAUCAAAAGCGCCACUUUCCGUACUCCCCAAUACUAUCCUCCUGAGAUCUUGGUUCCUCGCCGCCAUCUCAUCCAAGCCCUAUCUCCUCCGCGCUUCGCUGGCGUGUCUGUCAUGGCUCACAAGCACGUCUGGCGGCAUUUUCUUCAACGUUAACAAGAAUCCCGUCUUGAAUUUUGUUCUGAAGAAUACCUUUUACAAGCAAUUUUGCGCCGGAGAGACGGCGUCCGAGGCGAGGAGCACCCUUCGACAGAUGAAAGACCUUGGAUUCCGGGGGACGAUUCUCACCUACGCUAAAGAGACCUCUUUUGAUCAAGUAACCAACAAAGUCCAUCGGCAAGGGGCAACAAUUGAAACAGAUAGGGGCGAAUGCAAAUAUCUCGGGCUUUGGGCCGAAGGGACACUCGAGACAGUCGAUUUGCUGGGUGAUGGCGAUCAGCUCGCUCUCAAGCUGACUGGAGCUGGUCCUCUCGUCUGCGAUGCGUUGACCGCAGGACGGCUUCCACCCGAAGCGAUGAUGGACGUGCUCCACGAGCUUUGUCGUCGGGCAAGGAGCAAAAAUGCCCGCAUCAUCAUCGACGCCGAGUCCCAGCAUUACCAAAAGGGCAUUUUCCUGGUGGGAAUGGAGCUAGCCCACAUCUACAACCGCGACGGCUGUGCACGGAUUUACAAUACGUAUCAGGCGUAUCUGAAGAGCACGGCGGCAACCCUCAACACGCACCUGAAGCAAGCCGCCGAGGAAGGGUUCACGCUCGGCCUGAAGCUCGUCCGCGGGGCCUACAUGUCUUCAGACAAGAGGUCUCUGAUACACGACACGAAGCAGGACACGGACAAUGCGUACAACGCCAUCUCGCAGGGGGCGCUCAAGUGUGAGAUUGGGAGGUUCGGUGCGCCGGGCGGGCUCCCGUUCCCGUCGGUUGACCUCUUUCUUGCGAGUCACAACAGGGAGAGCCUGGUGGCUGCGCACAAGACACACCAGUCCCGCGUGCAGCUGGGCCUGCAGACUGUUCAGCUGGAUUUCGCCCAGCUGCAUGGCAUGUCUGAUGAUCUCAGCUUUGAUCUGGUGCAGAUGGGAGCACGUGGCGACCAUACACCAGGUGUAUACAAGUGCUCCACAUGGGGUACACUCGGGCAGUGCCUGGCUUAUCUGAUGAGGAGGGCAGCGGAGAACAGGGAUGCGGUUUCGAGGAGCAGUGAUGAGUACCGAGCUCUGAAGAAGGAGAUUCGAAGACGGCUUGGGUUUAGGCGUUAG